CCGACACCUGCCGUGGCCGCAGAGCCGCCGCUGCCGCCGGCCUCUUGCCUCCUUCCCGGCCGUGGCAAUGGAGUUGUAGGGGCGGCCGCUCCUCGCCGGGGGUAAGGAGAGCGCUGGGGCAGGCGGCGGGCAGGAGCCCGAGAUGGCGGACAGCGCCGCGGCCACCGCCGCCCCCCGCGCCGGCGUCAAGGGCGGCUCGGCGGGGCCCUGGUGGAAGUCGCUGACCAGCAAGAAGAAGCACAAGGAAGCGGCGGCCGCUCCGCCGCCCCCCGCCGCCGCCAGCGAGGCCCCCGCCGAACCCCCUAACCCCGGCGGCCGGGAGGAGCAGUCGGUCCCGUUCGGCAGCGGCGAGGCCGCGGCGGCGGCCGGCGGCAACCGGCGGAGCCUCCGCGUCUCGCACUCGGGCCGCUUCAAGGAGAGGCGGAAGGUGCGCACCUCACUGCUGGCCGACAGCCCCGACGUGUUCGACGGAGGCGGUGCCUCGGGCCAUGCCGCCCAAGGGGGCGAGUAGCCCAGGAGGGCUUCGUCCCGGAGCAGACACUGGGCAGGGGCCCGGAGCCCGCGGCUGCCCCACAGCCCAGGUUGGCCUUGCUUGGCCCCACUGGCAAUGUGGAGCAGCCCCCCGGCCUGACCCGACAUUGUGGGAAGCCCGGCACCUCAUAUAGACAAGUGAAUCGCGUGCAGUGUCACGCCAGCACCGCCAAGACCAAAGCCCCAGGUGACGGGACGCUGUGAUUGUCUUAAAAUAACACCAAUAAACACCCCACUCCCUGCACUGUGGUGAGCGGACUCGAAGGUGGUAUCCCAGGGCCGAUGCUGGGGUCCCUCUGCCUUCCCUCAGCCCUUGCCAGGAGCCAACAUGCUGACACCUCAGGCCUGUAAGCCAGCUCCUCACGGCUCUCAUCUCACACGUUGUCUUAUCGAAGGAGGGGGAACAAAGUGCUCUUAUCUUAACUUCAGGGCUGAGGACCUCUGGUGGGGCCGUGUGGGCUCCUGCCCUGCAUUCGCUUAUACACCAGGAUCCCAUCCUCUUUGUCCUGUAGGGAUCGAAAGAGCGGUUUGUGAGGGGAAGGUGCUUGCAUUGCCCAUGUCCCACACGCAUUGUAUUUAAAUAUGCAGAAAGCAGGACUGUGCUGGUAUUCUCCCUCUCCUUACUGUGUAAUGAUAAGCGGUUUUUCAGAGGCUGGUCUCCCAUAGUUCUGUUACAGAGGGAGGCAGUUUGUUGUCAAGCAAUUCAUGCUAUUUACCUAGGGAACACAUGAUUUUUGCAUAAUGAAGAUGAAGAAAUUGUGUGAUAAAAUGUAAAUUCUCUUUUGGGAGAUGAGGCUAGCACAGGUAGGGUUGUACUAAUGUGGAAAUAGGCUUGGGCACCACUGGAAAUGUUCUUUACUGUUUACCAUGUCCAAGGCUUGUGAAGCAAGAUUAAAGAUUCCCAGGAUUUCUUUUUAUAGCAAAAUAAUGAGCUUUAACUCGGGUAACUGACUGCUUCUUUUGACAGCUCCUGGAUUUUUGGACAAAGUAAACUAUAAGCCAGAUUUGUACUGGUGGUGUGCCUUACAGAGCAAACUCUGCUAAAAGCACUCAGCAAUUUACACAUUUCUGGAUAGUAGGUGAUGUAGCAACAACUGAUUUAUUUAUUUUAAGUGCAUUCCCAAUAUACUUUAUAUUUUUAGACCUUUUCUAAUGUGCGAUAAGAUAUUCCUUAGUGGCAGAGACUGAAAAUCUUUUCCUAGGAGUCGGAUAUUACACAGUUAUGAUUUUGUUUGGCUGUAACUAAUGAUUCAAGGUCAAUUAAAAAUAAAAAGUGACCUGAAAGAAACAAGAGCUGAGUUCCUGGUGAAAAUACCAAGUAAAACAGUCACUGACAAUCUGGGCAAGUGCCCCGUCAUUCAAUGUGUGUGAUAAUACAUAAUGGACUUUGAAAGCUCCUGUGUGAUAAAACACAACCUGGCUGGCUUAGGUACUUACCGGUCUGUCACUCAGUUGCUCCUCCAGACUCUGAAACCCAAGGACAGAGGCACGGUAGCAUCAAUUCUGUCUCCAUAAAAGGUUUUAUCUACCCAAUGUAUGGACAUAUGUUCUUCUUGUUCAGUAAAACUACAAGAUUCUGGGUCUGGGCUGCCUUUUUGAUGUUCCUGACUGCAUGCUGACCAAGGGAAGAGCUGGGGGGUUGUGCAGGGAGCUCAUGAAUGUUUCUCCUUGGAGAUGCUUUUCUAACAUAGAGCCUCUUCAUUCAAGGGGCAUCUGAAAUCCUUCUGUUGAGAAGCAGUAGCUGGAUCAAACGCAGCCUCAGAUGAAGGGCUGCAAGAGAGGAGGGAAGUUUAAAACCUGGGAACAGAGGGAGAGAUGAAGAAGAGCCUGUACUUCAGCUACAGCUAGCCCAAGGCUAGGGGAAAGGAGGUGGAAAGGGGUAGCUUUGCUGCCAGGGUUGUCAUACUGCCUUUUGGAAGGCAACAUUUAUUUCAGGUGACCAAAUCUGCCCGUGUUUAUGUAUUCUAGGGCCCAAAGAACCUUUGUUGUAUAUGUGUCCAAAAUGAAAGAACAAGUAAGCAUAUACUGCACUGGUGUAUUUCUUGCUCCUAUGUUUGGUGCAAGCUCUGUGUGGGUCAGAUCUUCAGAAGCCUGAGUAUGCAGACUAGUGCUUUGCACACCUCAUGCUGAUGCUUUUCUGCAUUUUUAAUCCUACACUACUGUGAAAAUACAGUUUCCCCUCUUCUGCACCUCCGAGUACCUCUUUCUACAGUGAACAUCCAUUUGCUCUUUGUAAACAUUUCAGGUUUAUUAGUGACAAGUCUUUACCAAAGGCACAAGAUACCUCCCAGUUCGGGUUUUAUUUGAGAAGUCUGCUAUGCUUUUGAGAUGCCUGCUGUUAAGAUUUUAUAUCAAUACCAGUUAAUAUGUGACUAUUCGCUGUGUCUUAAUCCUUUCAGCUUGGAAAUUUGGUCAGAAUACCAAAUCAAUAAAUGCACGUAAAAUGA